UUAUGCGGUUGAGAGAGCACGAUUGUGUGUUGGUGGAUUGGACAUAUUGUGCGGAUAGUUUCAGUGUGAGAAUAGUGAUCUUAAACAUACAUACAGUGCAAUAAUAUCGAUCAAUACCGGAUUGUGCGAACGUGUUAUCACCUUUUUUGGCUUCGUGAAUAUGGCGGACGACUGCAGCAGCUGACAACGCAAGACAAAUCCGAAGCGCAUUGUGGUGUUGAGUUUUGUCUGGUCGCCGCCGCCGCCGCCGCCGCCGCCGCCCCGGGCAGCGCCGUCCAGUCGGAGCGCGGGCCGCUGGGCGAUGUGAGAGAUGUGUGAUGCUGCACGCAGAUGAGCGGCCAGAAGGACGGUGAUCUGUCGCCCUACCCGGUGCCGGUGCCCAUCGGAGGCGGAGGGGAGCUCGGCGCGGACGGCGCCGACCCUCCGCCGCCCCCGCUACAGCCCAAAGGCGUGGCUGUGGGCGGGGGCGGCCGGGCGGCGGGACGGCGGCCGGCGCCGGCACCCGAGCCGGAGCCGGGCGCCGAGCCGCGGCCGGCGGCGCCGCUGCCGCCCGGCGACCCGCGCGCCAAACGCUCCAACUACAACGACAAGGCGCUGCGCGAGAUUCGGCGCUCGCUGCGGCCGUUCGCCUGUGGCGACGGGAUCGGCGGCCGGCCGGCCGUCAGUCGCCAGGAGCUGCUGCACCAGCUGACUCAGCUCGGACACGAUGAGCGUCAGGUGCUGAGUCUGACGGGAGCACGGAAUCUGGACGAGCUGAUUGGAGCGAUCGGAGCCGCCGGACCACCGCGCUCCCGAGGAGCACCCAGUCCGCCCGUCAGCACAGGUGGUCGUGUGACGCGCAACUCGAGUUUUGAGCGAGGCGAUGGGUCUACCUACAGCCGCGGCAGUCCGGCGCUGGAGAGCAGCAACGGCAGCACGCGGUCCGAGAGCCCGUGCGGCGCCCCGGCGCUGCCGCCGCGACUCCAGUACGCCACGGCGGCCGGCUACUCUGCCGAGCCGCCGCCGCCGCCGCCGCCGCCUCGCUCGCUGCCGCCGGCGCCGCCCUCCCCGCAGCUGCCGAACCGCGUACAGCAGCGGCUGCGGCGCAUGUCACCCGUCUCCGUGCCGCCGCGCAGCCAGCAGCCCAACUACGUGAACGUGUCGGGCGCGGCGGCGGCGGCCGUGCCGCGCGGCGCCAGCCCUGUCGGCCGCGGACAGCCGAUGGUAGUGCACAACGGUCCGGCGGCGCAGCAGCAGCUGACGCAGCAGAUGCAGGCGCUCAGUCUGGAGCCGCCGCCGCCGCCGCCCUACCCCAUGACGGUGGCCGGCCGGCUGGCCACGCCGCCGCCGCCGCCGCCCAGCUACACGGCCUCCAUGCAGACGCGCCAGAGCCCGAGCAUAUCGCCCGUGUCCUGCUCGUCGGGCAGCGUGACGCCCGUGUCAGCCGGCGGCGGGCGCGGCUCUGUGCUGCACGCGCUGCCCGCCUUCCAGGCCAAGUCGCACUCGCCUAUUAUCAUGCAGUCGGUCAAGUCGACGCACGUGCAGAAGCCGGUGCUGCAGACGGCGGUGGCGCCGGCGCUACCCUCGUACGCGGCCAGUCCGCCGCCGCUGCAGCCGCCCACCUACUCGGAGAGUGUGCAGCUGAAGCGUCAGAUGGCCGACGGACCGCCGCCCUCCGGCCAGCCGCCCACCUACCAGCAGACCCUAGCAGCCUCCAAGAUGGCCCCGCCGCCCGGCGGACUGGCAGAGGCGGCCGACGUUACGCUCGUCUCCGGCGGCGGCGGCGGGCUGUGUGAGGUGGAUAUCUCCAACACACCUCUGGCCAGCAUCACCAACGCCAUCAUGACGGGCGACUUGCCGGUCCCACAGCCGCUUGACGCGGACGACAAGCCCGAGGAAGGUCCGCCACCGCCGCCGCCCCUGCCGCCGCAGCGGCCGCCCGCAGUGCUGCCGCGCAAGCCGCCGCCGCCGCUGUCCGAGCGUUGCGACAGCCCGAGCUCGCAGGACUCGCACCCGCAGAGUCCUGUCAGCUUUGUCAUGUCGGAGGACACGGGCUACAGCUCCGGCGCGCCAAGCAGCCGCGGCCUGCCGCCGCCGCCGCCUCCCCCGCCCUCAGCAGAGGCGACUGGCGACUUCAAAAUGACCCACCAGUCGCCAAUCCCCGAGCGGAAACGAAUCAGCCGCGAGAGGGACGAGGAGCGGCGAGACAGCAAGGUGAAAUUGUACUCUCCGCAGGCGUUCAAAUUCUUCAUGGAGCAGCACGUCGAGAACGUUCAAAAGUCGUGCGAGCAGCGACUGCAGAGGCGGCGCCAGCUCGAGUCGGAAAUGUCCAAGAGCAACAUGAACGACCAGACGCGGAACCAGAUUCGGCGGAUGCUCUACCAGAAGGAGUCCAACUUCAUCCGGCUGAAGAGGGCCAAGAUGAACAAGCGCAUGUUCAAGAAGGUGAAGGUGAUCGGUGUGGGCGCGUUUGGCGAGGUAACGCUCGUGCGUAAGAUCGACACCAACCACCUGUACGCGAUGAAGACUCUGCGGAAGAACGAUGUGCUCAAGCGGAACCAAGUGGCGCACGUGAAAGCGGAGCGCGACAUCCUGGCCGAGGCAGAGAACGAGUGGGUGGUGCGACUCUUCUAUUCGUUCCAGGACAAGGACAGCCUGUACUUUGUGAUGGACUACAUUCCCGGAGGGGACCUGAUGUCGCUCCUCAUCAAGUUCGGCAUCUUCGAGGAGUCGCUGGCGAGGUUCUACAUCACGGAGCUGACGUGCGCGCUUGAGUACGUGCACAAGAUGGGUUUCAUCCACCGGGACAUCAAGCCGGACAACAUCCUGAUCGACCGCGAGGGACACAUCAAGCUCACCGACUUCGGGCUUUGCACAGGAUUUCGGUGGACGCACAACUCGAAAUACUACAGUGCGAACGCACACAGUCGACAGGACAGUAUGGACCUGGCCGAGGACUGGAACAACGAGUGUCGGUGUAGCAACCGUCUCCACGCCGGCAACAAGCCCCUGGAGAGGAGACGACGGCGCGAGCACCAGCGCUGCGAGGCCCACUCGCUGGUCGGCACGCCCAACUACAUAGCCCCGGAGGUGCUGAUGAGGACCGGCUACACUCAGCUCUGCGACUGGUGGAGCGUCGGCGUCAUCCUGUACGAGAUGCUGGUCGGCCAGCCGCCCUUCCUGGCGUCUGUGCCGGCCGACACGCAAGUCAAGGUAGGCUGAGCUGUGCUGGGUACUGGGC